GUUUAGAACCAUCCCCCUUGUCCUAUCACCCUCUUUUUAAAUCCCUGAUUUUCAGGGAUGCUGUGAAAGGCUCUACAAACCUCUCCUAGCUCUGUGCAGAGUUUAAAUCAGUUUUAUAAAUAUAGUUAAUCUCACUGCAUACCUUUAACCUCUGAUUAAACACAGGGGACAUUUUUAUCCCUCAAACUUUAAAAGAAAAGCAGCAAAGGGAGAAGAGAGGAUGCCGGGAAGAGACCUCCCAGCACACGGCCGAGUCCUGCUCUUUCUCUCUCUAAUCUCUUCCGUUGGGUUCUUUUAUCUUAUCAAGCAAAAAGCCCCAGAAAUAGAAAGUUUUCCAUGGCUUACAGGAGAUGCACGAGCCCCCGCUCAGAAAAAAUAAAUAAAUAACCCCGUAGAUGGCAGCAGGUUGUAAAUGGACAAUGUCAGGGCUUUAUCUCCGUGGGGGGAAAGGCACAGUUUGUUGUAUCCCAGAGCAUUUGGGGUUGGGAGGUGCCUGGAGAGGAUGCCAGACGGGAAGGCAGCAGCAGCCGCUUGCUUCGGGCUUGUAACAAAGAGAAUCCGUAAAAUCUUCAGGCACUACCCCAAAUCCAAGCCCUGGCCCUCGGGACUGCGCCUGCCAAGGAGGCCCAGCAGGGAGGUGCUGCUGGUCAGAGACUGCAGGUACACGUGUCACCAGGAGUGCCGCAGCCUCAUCCAGCUGGAUUGUCGCCGGCCCCCGUGGCAGAGCCAGCUGUCCCCCGAGGGCACGCUGCUGCCAGCCUGCAGCCAGAAUGUGACACAAACGGUCGAAGAAGAAAAACCCGAACCUCCGACCGUCCAGGAGAUCAAACAGAAGAUUGAAAAGUACAAUGCAAAGGUCACCAACUGCCUGCUGAUGAAACUGAACGACGAUGGGACGUACACAGGGUUCAUCAAGGUGCACCUGAAGCUGCGGCGCCCGGUGACGGUGCCGGCCGGGAUCCGGCCCCAGUCCAUCUACGAUGCCCUCAAGGAGGUGAACCUGGCAGAGAUGACAGACAAGAGAACCUCCUUCUACCUGCCCCUGGAUGCCAUCAAGCAGCUGCACAUCAGCAGCACCACCACGGUGAGCGAGGUGAUCCAGGGGCUGCUGAAGAAGUUCAUGGUGGUGGAUAACCCCCAGAAGUUUGCACUUUUCAAGGAGAUGAGGAAAGAUGGGCAAGUGCUCUUCCAGAAGCUUCCUCUCACCGAGUACCCCCUGUACCUGCGGCUGCUGGCGGGCCCUGACACGGAUGUGCUGAGCUUUGUGCUGAAGGAAAACGAAACGGGGGAAGUUGAGUGGGACGCGUUCUCCAUCCCAGAGCUGCAGAACUUCCUGAUGAUCCUGGACAAAGAGGAGAAGGAGAAAAUCCAGCAAGUGCACAGGAAGUACGAGAGGUUCAAACAGAGACUGCAACAGACCCUGAAGGAAGCCAGAGGCAAACCUGGAUAACCUUCAGGAGGCAUCAGACUAAGCUAGAGACUGUUUUUAAAUGAAAAGACUUCUCAGGACACCUUAGUAGUCAUUCUCCCUCUUAACCUCCAUAAGGACUGGCUCCCAGCACCCCUAAAGCAAUCCCACUGCAUUUUCUUCUUCUGAAACCUCUUCUCCCAGGACCAGAGCCAGUCCAAGAAGGGGAAGCCUGUUUUUAAAACAGCCUCAACAAAGCAAACACAGCUGCUGGUUGGCUUCCCAGCCGUGCCCCACGCUGCAGAGGAAAAUUCUCUCUGUGACACCCAACAGGACCCAUCUGCUGGCUGAAGUUCAGGGCAGCUCCUGCUGCUCCUGCUCCUCCCAGCGAGCUGCUUGUUCCUGUUUGGAGCUGCUGUGGCCCCCAGUGCCCUCGUGGCCCAGUUCUGGUUUCGUAAGGAGGGCAGGGGAAGCAGCAGGAAAAGGGGAGGAGGUUGUUGCACCAAACCGUGUGGGCGUUGCAGCUCCAGGCAAGCCCUGGACUUGUUCAGGGCUCAGGCAGCCAGGGAAGCGCCAGGUUGUGACAACCAGGCAGCUGCAACACCCCAAGAGUCUGUUAGUAAAUAUUACUGCAACUUGGUGAUAGCAAUUCCCAGGAAAAGCAUUCAUUUUGAUUCUAUUUGACUUCUAAUUUUGAAAAGAGCUGAAUUCCAGUAACUGUCCCUGAUGCUUAGCUAAGUUAGCCAGUGUUUCACCAGUUCUCUACUCUGUAGGAAUUGGGACCCACGUUUCCAGAAAUUCUGUUUGAAAAAUGUCCAGGUGAUGGUUGGGGCACAGGCUGAGGGUUGAGUGUUGGAGGUUUAGCAGUAUGUGUCCAUCAGAGGAACCCAGGAAAGCUCAAAACCCCCUCACAAAUCCGAUUUUGAGCUGUGAAUGUGCCUGGCCCCAAGGGACAGGAGCCCCAUCCAGGGCUGGGGUGAGGAGGUGGCACCAAGGAAGGGAAUUCCUGUCCUUGGAUGCUCCUGCUCACUCCCCUGUGCUUGCUCCUGCUCCUCACAGUGCUGUCCCAGCCCUGCUGUCCCUGUCACACCCUCCCCGUGCCCUGUUCUCCCUCCCCACUCUCAACUGGUGCUGUUCCCAGGAUUUGCUGUCUCCCUGGAGUCAGGAGAGGACAGCAAGUCCCUCUCUGCCUGUCUCAGGGCUCCCACCAGGCCGAGCAUCCCUUAGCAAAUCCUGGAGCUGCAGGAAUCGCUGCUGGGCUGGGAAUGCUCCAGGGAUCCCUGGGCAGAGGAUGGGCCCCGUGUUUACCCUCAGUGCUUGGUCCCAAGCACGCUGCACACAGCCAGGGCCAGCCCUCCCUCUGUUCACAGCACAGGGAAUGUCACUGCUGGGUGGGAUGGAGCAGGGAAAGGGGUCUGGGUGCUCAUGAGCAGCCCUUGGAGCUCCCUGCACCCAGGGCGAGGGCAGCCAGCAGGUUAUUGGGAACGGGGAGGACUCUCAAAUUUACCUCAGUGCCUUUUUUUUCCCUUAAGUGUGAAAACUUUGCAUUUGGGCUAAGGAGGAAGCUGUGCAGAGCCCUUGUCCCUCCUGUCCCACAGCAGGGGUGUGACAAGCCCCUUGUGUCUGAGGAGGGAUGAGGAACUGGUUGGGAUAUUUAUUUUUUUUUUCCAGAUUUUGAGUAUGUUUGUUUCUAAACCUCAUGAGAGUAACUGCAUCACUUGGAGCCUCUUUCUGCCCAGCUCAGCUGCAGCUCCUGUUCUGGUCAGCAGUGAGGGUUUGCUGUGGUGCAGAGGAGCCUCCAGCUGUACUGUACUCGACACCCAACGACCUUUAAAAUCUGCUGGCAGCCACAGAGCAGCACUUGCCACGCUCUGGGGCUCUCUGGCCGGCUCCACGCAGGCUUAGCACUUCACUGUUCACUCGUGGAGUCAUUCCAAUACCGUUUAGCUGGUGCUUUGAGCCUUGACAGCACCGUAUAAAUACUUCAGUUCCACCGUGGGGAAGAACGCUGUAAAAACUGCCAGUGGCUCUCAGAGGGAAGAGCCACACGCUUGGCUUGAAAUCCCUUUUCUUUCUGGCUAAAAGUUGUGCAGGUUUCCUUUUUUUUUAUUUUAUUUUCAGUGAGUUUUGGUGUCCCCUCUCCCUUCCUGGCCCCAGCAUGUCUUUGACAGUUUGUAGAAGGCAUGGCUUCGUAUGCAAUCACUGUGGAUGCUGCUGAAAACCUCCUGCCACCAGCAGGGCUCGCUCGUUUGGUUUUAUUUUUCAAUUUGAGGGGCAUUUGAAGAGUUGGUGGGUGCUGAAACUCAAAUUCUCAUGGGUCAGUUGAGCUGUUUUUAGAAGUAUUUGCCCCGUCUUUAAGCGCAAAAUCCCGUUGGCAGUGCCUUUGGUUAGCAAGUGUCUCAUCUAGGUCGUGUGAGUUUCUUUUCCAUGGCUACUGUAAAACCUGUAAAAUAAUGUGUAUAGAAUGGAAUAGUAGAGCUUCUAUGGCAAAGUGAAAUGCAUUUUUGCAAUGCUGUAAUUUAUUUUUACUACUCCCUAGUGAUUCUAUGGCAUUUUUACAAAAUGUCUCACUCUCAGCUUUUUUUGAAGGUUCUGGAACUAUUUGUUCAUAUGCAGACAGUGUAAGAGACAAUAAUAAAACUGUCAGUAAUUAAAGAAA